AGUCCCGUUAGCUGUCUGCGGGAGCCAACGCAUCGUCCAGGGAUGAGAGGAAAGAGAAAAGAAGACGACGUUCAUCUGAAAACUUUAAUGAAACUCACCUGCAGGAUUUGGAAAAUGUUUUUGAUGCCGAAGUGGUGGAUUUUUAUCGUUUGUCUGACAGAUGUCCUUCCUCCCCGUUGCUCAGGGGUUCAUGUAAUUGUGAGAGAUGAGAAGAGGUACGCUGUACUGUUCCAGUCAGUGAUUCUGCCGUGUCAGUACAACAGCGUGUCCACCCAGACCCCCGUGGUACAGUGGGUCUACAAGUCAUACUGUCGCGACCGCACGCGGGAUUCGUUUAACUUCCCCGACAACCUGGGUGGAGGCCUGGGAGGAGGUGGGGUGAAAGUUGGAACUGGAGGAGCCGGCGGUGGGUACGAGACGGGGAUGACUGCGAACUACCUCAACUGCGCGGACAGCAGCCGGACGGUCCGAACUGUGGCCUCCAUUUCUGGCUCCUCGAUCACACUGUCAGAGCACUACAAGAACAGAGACAUCUCCAUCAUCAACAAGGCAGACUUGCGCAUAGGAGAGGUCGAGUGGGGAGACAGUGGAGUUUACAUCUGUAAAGUGGUUAUAUCUGAUGAUUUAGAGGGGCAGAACGAAGCCUCUGUGGAGCUGCUGGUUCUUGGUUUCUCAGGUGUGCCUGAAGAUCUCCUGCCAGACUUUGAUUUGAAGAUUAUGCCAGAGUGGGUGUUUGUGUCAGCAGUGGCGCUGGGCAGUGUCUUGUUCCUGCUGUUGGUUGGGAUUUGUUGGUGUCAGUGUUGUCCUCACUCCUGCUGCUGCUACGUCAGCUGCUGGUGCUGCCCCGACACAUGCUGCUGCCCUAGACACCUAUAUGAGGCAGGUAAGGGUAUAAAGACAGGCACCUCCACCCCUCAACCUGCCUACCCUCCAUACUUUGUCACUGGCGUCCCGACGAUGGUCCCCAUCGCUCCCCCCUCUUUAGUGGACAAGAUGUCUUCUGUCCCCCCUUCAGAUGGCAGCCUACUCACAGCAGUGCCGAUGCAUGCUGUAGGGGUUCCCUACCGUGUGCCUUCACCUCAGGAUCAGGACUCUCUCAGGGUGCUACAGUAUGUAGAGAAACAACUGGCUCACUUCAACCCUUCCAGGUCCAACAGCCACCAGUCCUGUAGCCUGUCCGAGCUGAGCUCCCUCCACGAGGGAGACACCGGUUUUCGCCAAACAUACCGAAACAUCCAGAAGAAAGCUCUCCCCGCAAUCCCUGACCAAGACCCUCAGCCUGAAACCCACCACUUCCGUGACAACCGCAUCCCACAGCUGCAGUGUUAUCGUGACAAUCCCCCUUCAUCCCAACGAUAUCGCGAUGACCCCAACUCAGAGCCCCGGUGCUGCCACGAUGAGUCUCAUCCUCCGCGGCGAUACAGCGAUGACCCUCCGUCCUCCUCACAGUCGCGCAGGCUCGGACGAAAUCAACGGCAACAGAAUCACAGCGAGGAGGAAAACCACAGCAGAUGGAACCCUCGUUCAGAACAUCUGCAGAGAAAGACAUACCGUAAGGCAGGACGAACUGGCUCACUGGAUGAGCUGGAGGAGUUUGCUGCUUCUUACAAGCAAAAAGUAAGUCGAGGGGUAGAGAAAAGGGAAGAAGAAAGUGGAGACUAUGAGAUGGAGAUUCUGGAGUACAGACAGUAUCCUUCCUACCGGGAUGGUCCGCCUCAGCAUUAUCACAACGAUGAAAAUGAGCUUGGGGACAGCAGCGACCGUGAAGAUCGUCCCAGACGAAACAAGAAAAACGGACUUAUCAUAAGUCCACUUCCUUCACCCAAAAAGAGGAGGGGCACUUGGGACAGCCAGCGUCCUGUCCCACCUCCUCCCAGAGUUAGUCCACCAUCAACUUCUUCUCAAGAGAAGGACUAUGAUGGCACGUUCCUGAACAGCCUGCUGGAGCGCAAGGCUAAGUUGCGAGGGGUCGACCAGGGGAAGAGUGGGGCCCGGGGUGAGGAAGAUUCAGACACACCCUCGAAGGGCAGCUCGAAAAAGAGCAGCGGGGAAUCUAGUCGUCACUGCAGCCGCUCGCCUAGUAACAGGCCUGAGGCAGAUCCACUGCCUCCUUACUCAGAGAUACAGCGCAAAACUGACAGGCCAUCUCCACGGCCGCUCCCAGCAAACUCUCGCUCCCCUCAACCCACUGCCCAGUCUCCUUCCCAGUGUCUGCCCAGUCGCAGAGAGGAACCUAGAGACAAGACCCGUAAAGUGAGCACUCUCCUCAGCCGGGAUUCGCUCAUCGUCUGAUCGUCUGGAAGCCAGUGGAGCAGACUCUACGGGAACUGCAUGUCAGCUGAUAGAAAUUACUUUGAGAGGACAUUGCAAAAAAUAUGCAAAGUACAACUGACCGUGAAGGAACGCUGAAUAAAGUGGACAACAGACACACUUUUACUUUCGAGACUCUGUCUCUGGGGUUUCUGCCGGUGACGUCGCUGAAUGAUGAAGUCAUCACUAUUCAGUUUCUGUCACCGCUUGCCUCAUAUAUAUCUCAGCUAGACUAACACUAAACUGUGGCUGGGUGUACGACCUGGACUGUCCCUCCCAGCAGAACACUGUUUGUCUCCCCUCGUUCCUUUAGAAAAGGCUCUGAAGCAGAGAGACUUGGUUUACGCUUUCAGCACAAAGAGCGUAUUCAUUUCCACUUGAUGAGAUAUCUGCAUUAAAAUAGCACAGUUGUAGAAUAGAUGGUAUAUGACAACACCAUUAUUGUAAAGGACAUAUUGUAGCUCCAGUUGUUUGACAAAACACACACUGUUUCAUUCAUUAACAUAUUCAGAGACUAAAGCACCUAAUUUUAAUGUUAACUAAAGCUGGAAGUAGUAACCGACUUUACCAAAUGUUGGUAUGAUGUGUAGAGGGGGUGGACGAAAUAAUGUAAACAUGGAUAUGGCAGUAACUCUCAAAGCUGCACUGAGCAAUAUUUUAAAUUGACAAUACAUUAAAUGUAAUGCAAAAUGUGACAAAUUAUCACCCAACUCAGCAGUUCCUCUUAACUAUAAGAGGGUUUAAGUGUCUUUCAGCUCAUUGUUUUGGAUUUGCGGCCUGCAACUUCACUAUGUAUGUUCAUUGUCACUGCUGUCAUCAACCUUGUAUCGCUGUGUACCCUGUGUCAGCAGGCAGCUGUUUUUAGUUUAAAAAAAAGACAAAAACUCUAAAACACAACUGUACAUUACCUGCUAAGACACAAACGGUAGACAGACGCAGUUAGCUACAAGCUGGUGAACAUAGUGGAGCAUUUAGCAGCUAAAGAGACAUAUAUUUCUCUCAGGGAGUUGUUGGGAGACCAAAACAGGGCUGAAAUGAGAGUAAAGAUUGGACUUAUAUUUCUCAGUUGGACAAACACGCCUUCAAAUUAAUAAUAAUGUUGCUCAUGUCUACUGGACGUUUCUACAGCUUCUUCUACUGACCCCAUGUGGCCAGAAAUAUAUUAAUGUUGCUUUAGGUAACUAAGUCAUACAUGCAAAUUAGCUGGGUAAUAUAAGGUUCAAUUCCAUGUAGCAACAUUUAUGAGCUAGAAAAGAAGCCUGGCAAUCGAUGUGAUUUUUAUUAGUAUACUUUAAAUGUUUUUAAAGCAACAUAAUACAUGCCCAGACUGCAGGAGUGAUCAUCAGAAAUGUAUUCCAAUUGGUCAAACAUACAGUACGGUCCAAAGACUGAAAGCUACGUUAACAAAGUACUAAACUAACAAAGGUGGACUAAUACUGCAGACUGCAGACCCAAUAUGAGAGAUUUGUUGCAGCAUGUGCUGUAGGGAUUUAGUUACAGUCCUUAUUCAUGAAGCCGAAACAUUAUUUUGUCUCCAUCCUGUAUGUAAGUGGAGCUUUUUGUCUUCUAUUAAAACAUGUUAGUUUGCACAAAGUAACUAUUUUAUCUUAGGGACUAAAUCCUGAGGACAUUUUGUAUUUUUUGUAAACAUUUAAGUGCCACUUGCCUUUAAAAAAUUGUACUACGGUAUCAAGAUAUUUUUUUAUGUAAACUUGAUCUAUUUAUGUGUGUGUUGUGAUAUGGCCCUAGUAAUUUGUAAAAGAUUAUGUUUGCUUUCCUGUGUGAGUGUGUACAUAAGAUUAAGUGUCUUUGAUUUGAUUACUGUUAUUCAGCCUUUUCUUAUCUUAGCGAGUCAACACACACACACACACACACACACACACACACACACACACACACACACACACACAUAUACACACCUCAUUAGCCUACUGAUUUUUUGAGUCUUAUUAAGUUUUAUUACUUAUUUUGUUCUAACAUUACACCAUGCAAUAUUUCAUUAUUACCGCCACCAUGUUAGGUCGUUUCGUCUUCCGAAAAGUCUAAUGUCAGUGUUUAGUUUUCUUCCAUCGUGUUUGUGCUGUCUGGUACUGACAAGUGUGUUCAUAUGUGUGAGAGAGAGCGAGAGAGAGAGAUGACUCUAUACUUUUCUGUAAAGGAGACAAUGUGUAAUUGAGUGUGACUCAUUGUCUUUGUUCAUUGUUGUAAUCACAGACUGCCUGUCUUUGCUACACAGCUGUGUCAAAACUCGCAGUUCUGCCAGCUCAGCCACAGAUUUCUGUGUCACCGUUGUUUUGUCAAUGACAUAAAUAAUUUGUUACAACA